UCACAAUAACAACAAACGCACGUUGUUAAACAGCAAAAAGGUUUUGUUAUUUAUUAAAUAAAUAGUUUAGGCAGCUUAAAGUUAAAUGGACGAAGAAGAAGACGUCGUGGUGGAGGAGAUACCAGUAUUUCUAUCCAAGAAUCUACAGGACCAGCUGUACCUCUUUCAGUAUCCAACCAAAACACAGCUGGCAAACCAUGACAAUGCCGAGAUUGUCAAUUGCUGUGUAAAGCCUUUAACCCAGGAGGUUAAAGUGGACUUUGGGCUUAAUAUAGAGUCGAAGUUCUAUGAUCGCUUCAAGGGCGAACAAUUUGCGGUGGCUGCCGAUGGCAAGAAUACAUACGGCUUGGCGCCACCACCCAAGGGCGCGGAGCGCCCAACCUACAAACGUGGCAUCAUGGAUAAGCAAGCGUUUACCAGCACACGCUCGUUGACAGAUGUUUCCAAGUAUGUAGUGGGCAUAUAUACGGACAAGGAGAUGCAUUUAUCGCCGCUGGCAAGCAUAGUGCAGCUGCGUCCGGCGUUGAGCCAUUUUGACAAGGAGGACAAACGCCGCAAGGCGGAACUCAAAGCGCAGUCCGAGGACAUAGAUGACGAGGAGGUGGCACAGCAGGUGACAGUUAAAUUUGCACGUGGCACGGGCGCAGGCGCUACCACAAAGAAGAACAAAGAGCAACGUGGCACCUACGACAACUUUGUGCAACGUAUUGUGGAUGAGCCCUGGUGCGAGAGCUACUGGCAUGCACGCAACACACCCACAGCGGAGCUUGAGCGACAGAAGCUGUUCAGCACAAAUCUGCAAUCUAAUCAGUCACUAUCGCUGCCUCCAGCUGAUUAUCUGGCCAAACUGCUGCCACACAAUGAGCAUGUGCAGCAGGUGGACGCAGUGCAGAUGCAGCCGGUCUAUAACAAAGCUAUGCUCAAGACGCUGCCCUUGCAGGAGCAACUGCGCGUAGUCUUACGCGACGCCAAAAUGCUGUCCUUUGCUGAUAUGAUACACAUACUCGCUGAGCACAUAGACCCAAAUGUUAGUGCGGACAAGGUGCUAGCGUUGAUGCCACAGGUGGGCAUCUUGUUGCAUGGCAACUGGGUGCCCAAGUCAGAGGUGCUAUAUCCUGAAAAGAUGCUCUCACAUGCCAAUGGCGUAAGCGCGGAGCAAAUGAUACGUGCCAGAGAUUAUGUACUCUACAGAUUCUCACGCACUAUGUGGUUGCAACGCCAGCGCGUCAUGGCCGCCACACAGUUGCCGCCUGCCGAAACUCUAGACGUGCUUAGCACUGUAGCGCGUGUGAAUGCUUCCAAGCGUUGGGAACUGCUGCUGCCACCCGACACGGAAUUCGAGCAGCGACAUGCGGAGCUGGUGGAGCGACAGGAGCUGCAUUGGCGUGCCAUGGAAGAGUCAUUUAGCCACAUGGACUGGGCCAAGGAGACAAAGCGUGUGCGCAAGCGAUCCACACGGAAAAGCGAAUCACAACCCUCGACGUCUACGUCUAUGCCCCCGCCUGCACAGCAUCAGCCAGCGGAAGCGUAGCAGCAAGCACAUGUUCCAAGCAUUAAAACAGUUGAUAUAGUUUGUUAAUAUACUCGAAAACAAAA